AAGUGGUAUAGGUAAUUCCGAGCUGGACGGUUUCUUAUCCUUUUGCGCUGAAACUUGUAAAUAUUGCCCUUGCAAGUUGGAACCAAAUCAUACAUGCAAGGAGGCUUGGGCCAGACGCUGCAGUACGUCAGAUAAGUUGUGCCUCUAAAUCGGAUGACUGUACGGCGGAUAACCGGGUAUUAUUGACUGCGAGUUCGACGUUCCACUCUGAACCUCUAACUGGCCCCUGCGACAAGCAAUUACUGGUCCAUCGCCGUCACAUAUAUCUAGAAACUGCAGAUCGGAGUCUAGCAAUUCAGAUCUCAGCUGAUGAACCCUCUAGAUGUCUUUCGUUCCUCCUGAACUUGUCUUAUGCAUCUUAGAACACGGGUACUACACCUCGCUACGCACCCCAAACUAUACCCUCCUCAAAGCUGCUGCGCUGGUGUGCAAGACCUGGUCAGGACCUGCACAAACCUUACUCUUUCGUUGCGCCACAAAACUUGAGCAACACAAUAUCUCCAUAUUUCCCUUAGGUGAAUGUGUACGAAUCCUUGAAAUAUCAAUCGGGGGAACUUCGAAUGGGGGACUUGGAUGCAGUGCGGAUGACUUUGUAAUCCUUCUGCAAGCUUGCCCUCAGUUGUACGAGCUCGCGCUGAGCAUCACCGGAUUACACGAAUUCGAGGAGGAGAUACUACAGAAGCUGGGAGAUGUAGGGAGGAAAUUAAAAGCGCUUACACUGGUGCAGUGUGGACUUCAAUCGCCCAUCCUUUUCCAAUUGCUCAAGAUAUGGAAUAACAUCCAAUUUCUCAAAAUUGAAAAGGAGAUUGCGGCGUGGCCAUGGCGCACUGCCACUACACCGGUUCUGCGGAGGAAUACCGAUGCUGAAGAGUUGGCACACCGACCUGGUGCAGAGGUCUGCUUGUAUGAGCUUGCGCUGUCGAGGUUUCCAACGCCAGAUGUUUUAACCUGGUUGCUUGAAUCAUCCGCCGACUCCCUCCGCAUCCUAGAGCUGCGAGAUAUACCAGGACCCACGCAUCGACCUAUUCUUUCUCUCCACGCGCCGCGACUCCGCUCCCUCCGUCUCGGGUACUACAAUAUCUAUUCUGCUGCUCUGCUCCGUAUGUGCACUGCUCUCGAAGAGCUAGUAAUUUACCAUGUGCCCACACAUUUUCCACUAGCACCCGACCUCCCGCCCACUAUCGAACACCUUUCUUUCAGAAAUCCCAAUCACGUUUACCGUAACACGCUCCAGCCUAUCAUCGAAGCAGUGGAUGCGCUUCCAAGCCUCAAAGUCCUGACGUGUGACAAGAACGCGGAGCAGCUGGUUGGAGAUUAUGAGAUAUUGAAGGCGAAAUGUAGAAUGAAGGGUACAGAGGUUAUCGUAUCAGAUAUACCGUUCUGGGUGUAUGAGGACCCUGUCAAGGUACACCGUUUUCCUCGAACUCGUUCUGUGUCGAACUUCGACGCGAUGUUGUAAACACGAGAAAGAACCCAAGAAACUGCCGGCGCUUAUUUUUUGUGGCUUAAAUCACUACAUUAUGGGCAACAUCAUAUAGUCGGAACCCCUAUGGAAGAUUUGUGACAGGCUAUCUCAACACGUUGGUACGGGUUUAUGUAGAUCUCAUUCAUCGCGAAUAUUGGAGGGCUGCAAAUCUGUGCGUCAAGGACUUGACAGUUUGUAAGGUUCGUAGUCUUUGAAGGGGAUACUGGAGGAAGGCGGCGGCAGACAAGUAUCUACAGACUACAGUAUGUCACCGAUGACUUCAAUUUUGUGUGACGGUCACACCAAAUAGCUUCGAUUC